ACUUCCUUGGUUACAAACUGGUCACCAAGGAAGGCCCAGACUAAACUACCACAGGGAGCAUUUCUCUAUCUCUUGGCUUAGGAUAGAGGAGCUUUUAUUAGAUGCAUUUUUCUGGAAGACAUCAGUGAGUGUUGCAAAGAACAGUUUGUUUCCUCUGUGUGGAGCACAUUAACCAAUCUGUAGCCUGUGGGGCACACCCCACCUGCCAGUACAGUUCCUCUGGCCCAUGGUCCCCUUUGAUGUGUACAUUGGGACCAUUUCAGGGGUGAGCUGCAGGCUGGGCAACUUGCUGUGGGGGUGGUGGGUGUCGUGCAGAACGAGAUGUGUGGCACAUGGCCCCGCAACCUUGGUUAGAAAAAGCUGUAAGGUUGGGCUGUGCUCUUUUAGAUCAUCAAGUUUGAGGCAGAAAAUUUCCAAGGUGGCCACUGUCAUGGGAUUCCCUCUUUGUGUGUCAUCCCCUGACUCCCAUCAGCUAAUUCAGAGACAGCAGGUGUGUAAGCAGCCCCUUGGAAAGAGGACCAAGUUUAGUUUCUGACAGAACUGAAUGGAGAUGAUCCCAAGCUGAAAGUCAAAACAGGAUCUUCUUUUAAGUUCACCGAGUGACCUACAGUUUUAUUCCAGCGCCUAACACAGGAUGUCUUCCAAGCGACCAGCCUCUCCGUAUGGGGAAGCAGAUGGAGAGGUAGCCAUGGUGACAAGCAGACAGAAAGUGGGAGAAGAGGAGAGUGACGGGCUCCCAGCCUUUCACCUUCCCUUGCAUGUGAGUUUUCCCAACAAGCCUCACUCUGAGGAAUUUCAGCCAGUUUCUCUGCUGACGCAAGAGAACUGUGGCCGUAGGACUCCCACUUCUCAGCACAACACAAUGGAAGUUGAUGGCAAUAAAGUGAUGUCUUCAUUUGCCCCGCACAACUCAUCUACCUCACCCUUGAAGGCAGAAGAAGGUGGGCGUCAGAGUGGAGAAUCAUUGUCCAGCACAGCCCUGGGAACCCCAGAAAGGCGCAAAGGGAGCCUAGCGGAUGUUGUAGACACCCUUAAGCAAAGAAAAAUGGAAGAGCUCAUCAAAAACGAGCCAGAAGAAACUCCCAGUAUUGAAAAGCUACUAUCAAAGGACUGGAAAGACAAGCUUCUUGCCAUGGGAUCAGGGAACUUUGGAGAGAUAAAAGGGACUCCAGAAAGCCUCGCUGAGAAAGAAAGGCAGCUCAUGGGUAUGAUCAAUCAGCUGACCAGUUUGCGAGAACAGCUGCUAGCAGCUCAUGAUGAACAGAAGAAGCUGGCUGCAUCACAGAUAGAGAAACAACGCCAGCAAAUGGAGCUGGCUAAGCAGCAACAGGAACAGAUUGCAAGACAACAGCAGCAGCUCCUGCAGCAGCAACACAAAAUUAACCUUCUUCAGCAACAGAUCCAGCAGGUCCAGGGUCAGCUGCCUCCAUUAAUGAUUCCCGUAUUUCCUCCAGACCAACGAACCCUAGCAGCAGCUGCACAGCAAGGAUUCCUUCUUCCUCCUGGUUUCAGCUACAAAGCGGGAUGCAGUGACCCCUACCCCGUUCAGCUGAUCCCAACUACCAUGGCAGCUGCUGCCGCAGCAACACCGGGCUUAGGCCCACUCCAACUGCAGCAGUUGUAUGCUGCCCAACUUGCUGCAAUGCAAGUGUCUCCAGGAGGCAAGAUACCUGGCAUACCCCAGGGUAACCUUGGUGCUGCCGUAUCCCCUACCAGCAUCCACACAGACAAGAGCACAAACAGCCCUCCACCCAAAAGCAAGGAUGAAGUGGCCCAGCCUCUGAACCUUUCAGCCAAACCCAAGACAUCUGAUGGCAAGUCUCCCACAUCACCCACCUCUCCUCAUAUGCCAACUCUGAGAAUAAAUAGUGGGGCCAGUUCGCUAAAGUCCUCUGUGCCAGCAACGUUAGCUAGUCCUUCGGCCAGAGCUAACACAAUAGACAUCCUUUCUUCUAUCACGUCGUCAGGUUAUUUAAAUGACCACGAUGCUGUUACCAAGGCGAUCCAGGAGGCCCGACAGAUGAAGGAGCAACUUCGGAGGGAGCAGCAGGUGCUGGAUGGGAAGGUGGCCGUUGUGAACAGCCUGGGUCUCAACAACUGCAGGACAGAAAAGGACAAAACAACACUGGAGACCCUGACUCAGCAGUUGGCAGUAAAACAGAGCGAAGACGGAAAGUUUAGCCACGCAAUGAUGGAUUUCAACAUGAGUGGAGAUUCUGACGGAAGUGCAGGAGUCUCAGAGUCUCGAAUUUAUCGGGAAUCCAGAGGGCGCGGUAGCAAUGAACCCCAUAUCAAGCGCCCAAUGAACGCAUUCAUGGUGUGGGCUAAAGACGAACGGAGGAAGAUCCUUCAAGCCUUCCCCGACAUGCACAACUCCAACAUCAGCAAGAUAUUAGGAUCUCGCUGGAAAGCUAUGACAAACCUAGAGAAGCAGCCAUACUAUGAGGAGCAGGCCCGACUCAGCAAACAGCACCUGGAGAAAUACCCAGACUACAAAUACAAGCCAAGGCCGAAGCGUACCUGCCUUGUAGAUGGCAAAAAACUACGCAUUGGCGAGUACAAGGCUAUCAUGCGCAACAGACGCCAGGAGAUGAGGCAGUAUUUUAAUGUUGGGCAACAAGCACAGAUCCCCAUUGCCACCGCGGGCGUAGUUUACCCAGGAGCCAUUGCCAUGGCAGGAAUGCCUUCCCCACAUCUGCCCUCGGAGCACUCGAGCGUGUCCAGCAGCCCGGAGCCCGGGAUGCCCGUCAUCCAGAGCACUUACGGCAUCAAAGGCGAGGAGCCUCAUAUCAAGGAGGAGAUGCAGACCGACGACGUCAAUGGAGAAAUCUACGAUGAAUACGAUGAGGAGGAGGAUGACCCCGAUGCGGACUAUGGCAGUGACAGUGAAAAUCACAUUGCGGGGCAAGCCAACUGAUCGGGGUCCAAGUAUCUCGUGACCUACAGGACUUCAAGGAGAAAAGAAAAAAAAAUAAAUAAAGCCCCAUCUGGUUUAUCCUUGCCAGUGGCCAAGCACAUUAACUUUCUCAUACACUGACUGUUACUUUAACUGUUAGUCUUAACUAGUUGGGACAUCAGCUGACUAAUAGACAUCAGCCUGCAUCAGAAGAAAAAAGGCUCAGAAGAAAGGAAACAAAGACAACGACGACAACAACAACAGAAUGAUAUAAGCUAUGGGUAAAAUAAUGCCAGUAAUUCAGCUGCUAUACCCAAGCACUGAAGUCUUACCCGUCGACCUUUUAUUAUUAUUAUUUUUUUUUCAAAUAAACUUUAUGGCUGUUUGUUCUACAAUGUUCUAGAAAUUCUCACUCAGGUACACAGUGCCAACAAGUGGCUUGUGAAUGUGUUUUGUUGUUUUGUGCUACAGUUUAAAGAGAAAUAAUUUUUUUUUUUUUUGGUAAUGCACCUGACAGGAAAAGAAAAAAGAUAAAAUUCCUUUUAACCCCCCUCUGUCUCCUCCUCCCCCUCCUCCCUGUCAAAUCUGGGUCAGAAGUGUGUGUGUGUGUGUGUGCGCGCGUGUGUGCGUGCCUGUGCGCGUGGCUGGCAAGGAGGGAAGUGGGGAGUCUGUUUCUGUUAACCCCAACAAGCAAUUAUUUCCUUUCAAGAGAGGACUUCUCUUCAUCAGUUGCACACCAUACUGAGUCUUUGAGCAAGUGCCAAAUUUGUACUAAAGCGCUGAACUAGUCCAAUUUGCUUUUUUUUUUUUAGGUUGCUCUCUUCUUGUUUUGUUUUUCUUUUGCUUUUUCUUUGCUUUCUGCUCUGUCUUAAGUUAGGACAGUGUUGUAUCUUAGACAAUCCCUCGAAGAACCUGAUAUACCAGCAGCUGGUGAGAUUAGACAUAUAUUUUUCGGUUUUGGUUUUGCUUUUUAAAGGAAACUGUAGGUGCCGUUCUCAGGUGAAAAAAGAGAGAGAGAGAGAGAGAGACAUAAGAAAUUUAGAGAAAAAAUAUUUUAUGGUCUUGGAUUUUCAUGUGUGCGUGUUUAUGGUACUAAUAAGAAUAAUCUUGGACUAUUGUGAGCAAAAAGCAUGAUCCAGAAUGAAGUCCUGCACCCUCCAAAUGACUUGGUCUGUAAGGAGCCUUUGCUUUUAGUUUACACUUCAAGUGGCAUAAUAAAUGACAUAAAAAAGGCUUGUCCAAAAUGUGGCUUGUUCUGCACAGGACAGGGCAACUGGAAAUGUUACUUCCUCACUGAGCAUGAUUAGAUUACCGCCAACCAUGUCCAGUUUUGAUGAACUCGUACCUUCAGGGUGGCUGAGUACUGAUUUCUGAUUCAAAAGGCAGGUUUUUUUAACUGACAUUUUUUUCUCCUUUGCAUUGGCAGAAAUCCUUUUUUUUUGUCUGUGGGAUGUUUGUGUAGGAAGGAAGACUAAUAGCUACGAAGAGAUUUCCAUAUUCAAAGUGGGCAUGUAAGAACCCAAACCUUUUGUGGUGCCGAGUUUCCCCAGCUGCUGCCUCUCACAACCGAAAAAUUACUCUCCUGCGCUAAAAUAUUUUCAGAGUUGUUCUAGAGCACUUAGAUAUGUUGCUUGUGCAGUUUUGUCUUCCUUGGGCAAUGACAACCAGGUGAGGAAGGUGGAAUUACACAAGUCUAAUCCUGAGCAGAAGUUUGCAUUUCUGAUAAUGUAAUUGAAUGUUAUGCUUUAUUUUGGGGGCAGAAAAAAAGAAUAUAAAUAUAAAUUAAUUAGAGUUUCUUUUCAUCUCCUCACUGUAAUAUUCCUGUAGGAGAAGAGGACCCUCCCUGGUUUGUGUAGCAAGACAGAAGCAUUAGAUAAACUGACCAACCAACCAUAAAUACUACUCCAAAUUUCAAACAGCAGCUAUCCCAGAGCUGCUCUGUUGCCUGUAAAGGAAAGUCUUAGGAUCAUACUGAGGCAAAAGCCUUUCUCUUGAGUUGGUUUUCCAACUGGGGAUGCCAGUUUUAUAUUUAUUUUAUUUCCUGGUAAAUUCCUACUCCCAGAGAGAGAUCCAUUGCUGUUGUCAUCACCUCUAACUUAUAAAAUUAGCCCUGUGCGUCUUAGUGGCAGUGAGAUCCCAGCCCAAGCAUUCACCAGAACCCUGGUCAUCAGUAUUUGGCAACAUUGCUUUUACAAAUGGUCCCUUCAUCAGGCAAUUUAGCUCUCGCUGCAGUCAGCCAGGUGCAGGAUGAAAGGGGCAGGUAGAAGGAGAGACCCGGAAGGGAGGGAAUGCCUUUCUUUGCCUCUUGAAAUCCCACUUGAAGUGUAACUUGACCUCUGCAGACCUUGUGCAAAGCAAACAAGCAAAUGCUAUUGAAGAGUUAGGACAAUAUUCCGAUGAGCAGUUUGGACGUGAUAGUUUUACUCUGCAACAUCUGUUUUAUUUUUCUCCUCUUUUCCCUGUUUUGUUUUCCAACUCUGCCUCAAAAAAUUAUUUUCUAUUUUCUCUCUCUCAGAAGAUUUGCUCUGAAAUUAUGCUUGGAGUAGCUGAUCAUAUCCUCCAUGUCAGAGAGGGUUCUUUUUGUUUGUAUUUUAUGACUGUAUUGGUUUGUUUUUUUUUCAGUUGAACUGCCUCUUCUUGCUAGUGUUGUAAUGGUAAUUAUAAUAAUAAUAAUGGUCAGCUGUUCCCAGAUUAGUAAAUUAUGUAUAAUUUAUUUUACACCCCCCCCUUUUUAACUUUAUUUUAUUCUGUUCUAAUUUGGCAGUGCAGCAAAUGAAGCUGUUAGGCUAUUUAAAAUGGAUACCCCUCCCCACCUUGCCUUUUUAUAUAUAUAUAAAUAUAUAUAUAUAUAUACAUAUGAAAACAAAUCGCUUCUUCUUCUGCUCACACCAUUUCUCUUUCUUUUAUUUUAAUUUUGGCCCCAGCCAUGUCAACUUCUGAUGUUUAUUAUGAUGGAGUGAAUUAAUGGGAGUGUUGUUUUCAAUCUUAAUUAACUUCUGCUCUCUCAUCACUCAUUUUAGUUAUUUAAUUACACCAGUCAUCUAGAGCCAAUUUUUUUAAGCACUCUGUUUGGAUAAGAAGGAAAAAAAAAUAGACAGUUGUUUUUAUAUCAUUAUUAUGUACAAUGUGAAAACAGAUAAUUGCUCCUUUUUUUUUUUUUUUAACUUUUAAAUUUGUUCCCUGUCUUUGUGAACAAAUUACUUCUGACUCUUGUGGGUUCACCUCACAUUUGCUGGAUGCUUGAUUUCCACCACGUUAUAGAGACUCUCUAUGGUUUAAUUGUGUCACUUUUGGGCUACCAGAAUACUUUGUUUUAGCUCCAGGUAGGUGCCACUGCGGCAGGUGUGAUUGGAGCAGGGGGGCUGGAAAGCCGGCCUGGGGGAGGUCAGUGGGAACAAGGCCCUUUGGCUUCAGCGGGACCAAGUUUCAGCCCUGAACUUCAGGCUGCGCUGCAGGAGCCGCUCCUGGAGGCAGCCCGGUGUCCGGGGGCAGGGUGGCUCCUGUGCUGGAGGAGCAGGGGCAGCAGGACCUUCUCCUGGAGCCCUUUGCUUUGCUCACAACCUCGGCCUGGGCUGGGGCUCAGCUGAACGCUGAUUUCCUCACCGUGCACAUUUCCAUCCGAGAGACUCCUCUGGGGUUCCCCCCCCCAGGGUGGCUUUAGCAGACUCCACCUCCUGCUUUCUCGGGUGUUGAAAACCGAUGCAGAAAUGUUAAAAACAAAACAAAAAAAAAACCAACAAAAAAAGGCCAAAAGAGGAAAAUGUUAAAAAGAAAAAAAAAAAAAACGCAAAACGGCUCUGGGGUUCCAAACCAGAAAAAUACUUAAAGCCUGUGCUAAUGUUUUCUUGGGUCCAAGGAUGAUCACCUGUGUGUCCUUCGGCAGUAGAAGACCAGAUUUGAAAAUGAGGCCCUGUUUGUCCCUUUUUAAUUUCUUAAGGGAAAAAAAAAAACAAAACCCACAAAAAACCAAACAAAGCAAAACAUGCAUUUAUAAAAAGAUCUUCUUGUCUUGUUUCUUUUUUUUUUUUUCCUGGGUUCUGUGCCCUGGAGCAUGUAGAAAAACCAGGUUAGAAGAGAUUAGGAUUGUAUUAACCUAAAAGCAUCGAGGCCCUAAUGCCAAGGCGGGCUCUGUUUCCCCUCUUCCCCCGGGAACCUGGAAAGCGAGGGUGCUCCUGGGGAGCUGCCUGGGGUGGGGUGUACAGGACACCCCCUUCUAACUGGGGGGGAGCCCCUUGCACUGUGCGUCUUGUGAGCUUACAGAAGAACACCGCCAGCAGUGGGGAAAGGGGGAAAAGAAAGAAGAAAAAAAAAAACUGAGGCACUUGCUUCUAAGCUCAAUUAAAUAACACAGAGUAUAUCCUUUUUCAAUUUAUUCAUGCCUUAUAUUAGUAAAAUAGGAUUUUUAAGUGCAUUUAACAUCUUUAUUUAACCGUUCCGCUAUAUUAAUCAGGCCCCCAGAAAAGAACACUAGCUAUUAUUAUAGCAUUUAAUUAGUUUUGUAACCAAAUCCUCUUAUUACAAAUGCAUAUGGAAGAAAUUCUUUCUUCGAAGACAUUAUUUCAAAGAUUUGGUUACUGCAGUAGACUCUCUUUAAUUAAAUCAUUUUUUAGAAAGUAAAUUGUCUUUAACCUUUUUACAGCACAUUUUCAGAGCUUUUUCUUUUUAAUCCAAAGAGAUGAGCUGUUAUUGUCCCCGAAGAAGCCUCUGACAUCACGUUCAUAACAUCAAAAAUAAUUAUACUCCGUGGAAACGUAGACCUUACUUAGCAAGAAUUCAUCUGCUAGAAUGAAUGGCAACUAUAUGGUAUUUCUUAUGUUUUAAGGGCAUGAUGUAUCGGAUAGGAAGUUUUUUUGUCUGCCCACUUCUCGGUAGAACCAUACCUUCCAUUUUGCAAAGAACUGUACGUGAUUCACUAGAUGUGGAUUCAAGUGUAUCCUCAAUUCACAGGGCAUGGGCUGGCUGUUUAGCUUGGUUUAUAUUUACAUUUUUUCAACUUUAUCUUAACUUGUCAGUUUCCCAGAUUGAAGAACAUGUCAAGUUCGUUUUUUCUACUGACUGAUUUCUCUACUCCCCAGUGUUUUUUGUCACUGGUUUGCUGAAACAGUAUUUAUAUAGCUCCAUUGGCUCUAAAGCUCUUACUCCUUCUAACGUUUUGGAUUUUACAUAUGAAAUGAAAAUAGAAAAGAAAUAGAGACAAUCAAAUGCCUGGAGCUUAAAACAAAGUAUGUGCAACCUACCAUCUCACUUGAAAUUUAAUAAAAGAAAUAAUUAUGUAAAUAUAACAUAGAGUUAUAGAUUUAUAUUUUGUUCAUAACACAUAGUGUAAUAUAAGUUGUAUAUUUUCAUGUUUUGGUUUUAUGUUAUCAUUCAUGCCACAAUAAAUGAAAAAAAACAGGAGUUGAUGUACUCUUUAAAAAAAAUACAAUGUGGGUUGCCACCGUCCUGGGUUUUUGUUUUUGGUUUUUGGUUUUUUGUUUCUUUUGCAUUCCCCUUUUUCAGUAUUAUUGCCCUGCAAGGCACCAAUAAAACAGCAAAUGUGUUCUUUACCUA